AUGACAUCAAACACUACUUGUGGAGAUGGUUCAUCAAGUUCAGAAAGCUCGUUAUCAAGGUGUUAUCCGAAUGGUAAAGAAAACGCAGCUUAUGCUACAGAAGAAAGUGACUACGCGGCGUCUGAAACCUACACCGGCUCAGACGCUCAUCGAGAUGGAGCCGAAAAUCCAGCGUAUACAGGCGAAGAGGAUUGUACAAGAGGUUCUGAAAUCAACACCAAUUAUUCUGGCGAUAAAAUCGUGCAACAGCAACCAAAGCUACUUUCCGAUGUACGGUUUGAUCGACAAAUAAGCGAUGUAUCGGAUUUUAAUUUCAACACAAAUGAAAAGGGACUCACUGAAAUGGUUCUUGAAGAAAUUGAGAAAUCGUUUUCCCAUGAUCAAGGUCAAAAUAUACAAGAACAACAAGAUGUUUCACAACAAGAUCAGUCAACUUCAAAUGAAUAUGACGACGAAAUAUCCUCUCCAGAGCGCAGAGCUACACCAGCAAGCGACAACGCAACAUGGAGAAGCAAAUUAAUUGACGAUUUAAACGAUGAUAUUGAAUUCGAGGAUAUUUCUUCGGACGAAGAAGAUACAGAUGCUACUACACGGGAAAGAGUGGAAAUUAGGGAUUCAUCUUCAAGUUACGACGAAAGUCCUAAACUACCUUCAUUCACAGUAGACAUUCCAACGAAAUUGGCUCCUCGCAAAACUAUUAUAUGCGAAGGACAGCCUGUUGUCGUCGAUUUGGGAUCUUACGAAAUAAAAGCUGGGUUUGCUGGGGAAUAUCUUCCUGCAUUCGAAUACAGAACUGUUAUUGGAAACUGGGGUUCACACUUAGGCGAAGGUUUCCAAAAUAAACUUGAUGACACUUUCUUUGGAGACGAAGCUAUGUCGAAACAUACGAUGAUAACAAGACGGUAUCCUAUACAAGGUGGCGAAGUCACUGACUGGAAAGAUCUUGAAAAAAUGUUGGAUUAUACGUUUUCCAAAUUACUGGAAAUCGACGCAAAAGAUCAUCCAGUGUUAAUCACAGAACCGUCAACAAUAAACAAAAGACAAAGAGAGAGAAAACUUGAGAUUAUAAUGGAAUCGCUACAUUGCCGGAUGGUUCAAUUCAAACAACAAGCAGUAUUAAGUUCAUUGUCUGCUGGAAAAGAUAUUUCUCUGGUUGUCAGUAGUGGACAUGGAUGUACUGAAGUAGUGCCAGUGUAUUACGGAUACGCUUUAAAUCAUGCAGUACAAAGAAUGAAUGUCGGUGGAAAACAUGUUACUGAAUAUUUAUCGAGAUUAUUAUUAGAAGAACGGGGAGCAAAUUUUACAUCUGCUGCUGAUCAACUCAUUUUAGAAUCAAUCAAGCACAGAUAUGCCCAAGUGUUGCCUGAUGAAUCUUUUGAAUCAAAACAUUGGACCAAGCAAGUAUCAUACGAACUUCCUGAUGGAGAAAUUUUACAACUUGGCAGAGAACUACACAGAUGUACAGAUCCCUUAUUUCAACCAGGGUUAAUCGGACAAGACGGCGAUGGCGGAGUUGAUACGCUAAUCAGAGAAUCGCUGAAAAGUGUCGAUUCAGACAUUCACCAACAAAUGAAGUCAACAGUUUUACUUUCUGGUGGAAACAGUUGUCUUCGUGGAUUUAAAGAACACUUACAUGAAAAACUUCUACUUGACGACGGGUCAAAAAGUUCAAAAACGAAUUGGAAAAUUGAUUCUUGUGAAAAUUUAAAAACUUGCGCUUGGUUGGGAGGUUCAUUAUACGCUGAUAAUGAUUCCUUCCGGCAAUCUGCCGUAACGGACGAUGCAUAUUUUGAGUAUGGGCCUUCAAUAAUACAUAGAAUGUGUCUCUAGUUAUAUUUUAGAUUUGUGGCCAGGCACGAAAACAUAAUUAUAAUACAUUUAUUACAUGAAAUUUUGGGUGCUAAUACGAAUCAGAUUAACUAACCGAUGUACAAUUGAUUUGCUUUAUCAGUUUGCUUAGACUGAAAAUAUACCAGUUAAGUAAGGGAGAAAAUUCAUGCAAUGUUAUGCGUGGAGCAAUCGACGAAAAAGAUUCCUGAGUACGCUCUUGUUUGCGAGACUGAAACCCGUCUGAAUCAGUACUGUAAUUUAUUCACGUUUUGAUGCAUUCCCAAAGUUAUAUAUCACUCAAUAUGAAAAAUCAUGUGAAAUGAUGUUAUGUAAAGAAAAUUCAUACUCAGGCCUAUGGCUGACGGCCAACUGACCCCAGAAGACGCAUCUCAAAUGCAAUUUCAGACCAAGGUGAACUGCCCAGAAAUCGAAGUCCUUACCUUAAUCGUAUCUUCAUUAUUAAUUUUGCUUGAAUAAUGCAUUUAUUAAUAUAAAUCGAUUGUUUUUGCCAGCAUCUUGAAGACUGUUUGGUGACUUUUCAGCUAGCAAGCAUUUGGAAAAAAUAGAUUGAGUAAUUUUUGUUCGAGCAAGCCUUCUGUCGUCGCUUGUUAUGGUCUGAGCCAAAAAAUUGUUGCGAUUGCCAUCAAAUAAUCGUUAUUAUUAUGGAAAACAUUUUUGGACACUUUAGUGUUCCUUUUUUUUUAUAAAUUCCGUGUACUUAUAUCCAAAAUAUCUUUUAAAUGAAGUAAAAAACACGGGAUGUGCAUUACAAUCUUCUGAUGUCUAAAUUUAACGAGCUUAUGCUUAUACGUUUAUUCAAUGGGUCGAAACGAAAUGAUACUCAAGAAAAUCAUUUUGAAAUAAUUUUCAAUACUUAUUCCAAUAUGUUGUUGGGGAGAUACUCCAUAGCCUUGUAUUUUUAGAUGACUCAAUUUACUUUUUCUGGCUGAGCAAUAUUGUCGUGUGUCUGGUACACACUAUAACUAACUAACUCAUAACCCCAUUUUCGUUUUUUUUUUAUGUAUUUUGUGCCAAACAUACUUUCGCUUAAAAUUUGAAAACAGAAUGCAUUCUUUCAUUAUUCUUGAAGCGGUUACACAAAAUAUAAUCUUAUGGAAAAUCACACCAAUACCAUAAACUCUGAAUAAAAUUAACAUUAAUUAAUAAUUUUUAAAUUUUGCAUCAUAAUUAUUUUGCAAAAUCCAGCAUUAGACUACAUUAUAUUCAAAUGUCAUUGUUUCCAGAUCUAAUUCGAGUGUCACUGCCUUAGUCAUAUAUCUAUGUUAUAUUUGGUGCAACAGAAUUGCGUAUAUCUUUUUUGUUUCCUAUUGCAUAUUCCAGUAUUUGAAAUAUUUUUAUGCAAUUAAAAUUUGUACAUGGAAUGCUAUCUCAUAUCGCGUAAUUAAUUUUAGAAUUAUUGCAUAUUCACUCCAAGUCAUGUUAGUAAAUGUUUUAUACAAAUUAUUCAUCGACUGCCCACUCGAUCACAAAACACUGACAGUAGUGUUUAUUGCAUUGUUUUAGAAUGACUGUCAAACUGCAACAAAACAGUCUAUAGUGAGCUAAUCUAUAUGCCUGCAUGCGAGUGUAAUUUCCCUUGAAAUCCUGUACAUUUAUGAUAUGCCGAACAGUGUAUGUUAUUUUACGUGCUAUCGUUUCAUUUACAUUUUUUAUUUCUGAUUUAGGUUUCAAAUUUUGUAUAUUCAUGUUUUUAUUUCUUUUAAGUUUGCUGAGCCCUAUGAUUUGUUGACGUUACACAUCCAGUUCCAAAAUCGCGAAAAAAUAUUUUUGGCAAAAUACCACGUACUUGGUUCAAACGUAAACAUUGCUGUUAGUAUCAGUAAUAGGCAACAAAAAAUUGAGGGACUAAAACUUCAAUUCCCAUGAAUUUUGAUCACUAUAUUGAGCUGCAUUUAGGUUUAUCGUCCAACUGUAUUAAAUUUUUGUCUGAAUUCUUACAUCCAAUGAUGAAAAAAACUCAAUUUUAUCACGAUUAAAUCAAGUCUUUAAACUUGUUUUGUUUGCUUCGAAAAACUAAAGAUUCAAGGUCAGUACAAAAAUUGUCAUAUUAGAUCGCACCUUGUUGGAUUUGCGUGCUAGCAAAUGGAAGUAUUUUGGUUUCAAUUUGAUGCAGGAUGACGUAGAUUUAGAAGAAUAGAAUCAUAAAUAAACGUUGACCAACAUAAA